UCCAUUUGUUUGUUCUAAAGGGACAAAGCACCAAAGAGAAAAGGAGAGAGUCAAUGGAUGUUGCCGUACUCUUGCGCCAGUCGAUCGAUUAAUACUGAGAAUUGAAGCGUUUCUUGCACUCAGUUCUCUCUCUCGAAAGGGAAAUUAAGAACAAUCAGGAAUCAUCAUCAGGCAAACAUUCUUCUUUCUUCUGUUGAUUUCAUCUUCAAAGAAUUGUUACACAGGUGGUGGGAGAAGUUGGUGGCAAGCAGCCUGAAACCAUUAACAAGUGCAAAUGGAUCAGAAUGCUUCUAUGGAAGAAGGAAAGGUUUCAAAAUAUGGGCUUGAAUUCAUGAAAUCAGUUUCAGAUAAGAAUCUUGAUCUUUUGAGGCCCUCAGCACGCUGUUUCUCGAUGUUUAAAGGCUAUACAACAAACAAUGACAAUGACAAAUAUACCCUGAUUAGAGAUGAUGCAGAUGACUUCCAACAAGGGAUUUAUGACAAACCUCUUCCUUGCUUUGGCUGUGGAGUUGGAUGGUUUUCUUUCCUACUAGGGUUUGCAUUUCCAUUGAUGUGGUACUACGCUACAUUUCUCUAUUUUGGAAACUACUAUAAGAGAGAUCCUAGGGAGCGCGCAGGUCUUGCUGCUUCUGCAAUUGCGGCAAUGGGGUUUUCUGUUAUUGUGUUGAUCAUAGGAGCAAUCCUAUUGUUCUAAAUGCACAUUUUGAUCCUUUUUGGAGACAACUUGUAUAAAAUUGUAGCUUAAUGUUACAAUUCCGAUACCCAAACAUGUACACAGUCUUAUGAGGUUAGAAAAGCUUAUCGAAUGUUCAAACUUAUGUUUUAUGAUAUCCUUUUUUUUUUU